AUGUCCACACAGCAAGAGCCCAAGUCUAACCGUACGAACGACCUGUACGAGCUAGCCGUCAACAUCUCCAGCACGGUAGAAACGUUCAUCGGAAGGCUGGACACAAUCGGCGCCGAACGACCCAACCUAGACAACCCAUUUCCGGAGAUCAUCCAAGAUGAGGGCGCGCAGCUGGCCCGGUUAAAGAUUCUUCGCCUCUGCGAACGGCUCAUGGCACUGGUCCAGGGCCCGGUUCAAUGGCUCAUGUUCCAGAAUAUGGCCUUCCUCGAUCCAGCGUGCGUCGGUGCGGUUCUGGACAUGGGGAUCCACGAGAUCAUUGUCCCUGGUCCUGAACCCACGUCUCUCGACCAGAUUGUAGAGGCAACGGGUGCUUCGAAAGAUAUUCUGAAGCGAAUCAUGCGUGUUUGCACGCAGAGGUUGAUUUUCGAUGAGAUUGCACCGGAGCAGUUCGUUCAUAAUGGGGUGUCCUUGCAGUUCCUUGCGCCUCCUGUGCAAGCGCUCAUCAGUCAUGCCUGUGACGAUGGACUGCGCAUCGCAGCCCAUUUCGCCGAGUCCCUCAAGAAGACUGAUUGGAAGGGAAGUGACGAUCCAGAAAACUCGGCCUUUAGCCUUGCCUUCAAAACAAACAAGGGCCUUUUCGACUACUUCUACACCGAGGAUCUCGCUCGCGGCCAACGCUUCGCCCUCGGUAUGGCAGGCAGCGAGAUCAUGAAAACUCUCACGGAGGAUAUGUUCCCCUUCGAGUCUCUCCCGCAGGGCGCAAAGGUGGUGGACGUUGGAGGCGGCCGGGGCCAUGUCAGUGUACGCAUCGCAGAGAAGGUCCCUGGCUUGGAUUUCGUCGUGCAGGACGACGCGUCCAUGCUAGAGGCUGGUCAGGCGGAAGGUGUCCCCAAAGCAGUCAAAGAUCGGAUCGAGUUCAUGCCGCAUGAUUUCUUCAAUGAGCAGCCGGUCAAGGGGGCGGAUGUGUAUCUCUUGCGGUUCAUCCUGCAUGAUCAUCCGGACAGUCGCUGUGCGAAGAUCUUGUCGAACAUCGUGGAUGCAAUGGAGCCGGGAAAGUCGCGGAUCCUCAUUGACGAUGCGAUUGUUCCCAGCUUCUUGGGUCCGGAGAGUUCCCGGUUCUUUAACAUUCUUGAUCUCUACAUGCUCGUCGCUAUGAAUGGGAAGGAGAGGACUUUGGAGCAGUGGAACCAUUUGUUCCAGAUGGUCAGUCCCAAGUUGGUGUUGGAGAGGAUUUGGAAAACGCCAGACGGUGGGCCUGAAUCGGGAACUAUCCUAGAACUGCGGCUGCAAGAGUGA